AUGACACUGUCUUGCCUGGCAAAUGGGUCUACUUGCGUGCUUACUCAGUACAGAACCAAUAUGUUUGUUACUCCAUUUGUUUCUUAUGCAGUUUGUAUUCAGUGUAUGGGGAGAGACAGGGCCCAUUGCUACUGCUUGUCUUCCAGAAGCAGCAGAGAAAGCUUUCUUCUUGGCUCUGAACCACUAGCAGAUAUUCCCAGACGAAAACGAAGGUAUAGUCACAAAGCUUAACAGCUCUUUUUGAAUGCAGGCAUGAAAUCCUGGUGGAGAAUUAAAAUAUCCUCUCUUCUGAUAUUAAGAGGCCCAGCAUUUCCUCUUUGCAAAUAUCUCACUGUGUAGGUUGAAGGAGAGGCCAAGAGUCCUGCAGUUCUGCUCCAGGGUCCCAGCUAAGCAGGAAGCAAAAUUAAGAGGCCUCCUCGAAGGCCCACGGGCAAAGGAUAAUCAUCUUUGUGGCACAUUUUUACAGUGUACCAGGAACUUUUACAGUGUUCGCCUCAUUAUGACCUCAGCUCAACCCUGGGAGGUAGAGGUUAGGCCCAAGGUUGUCUGGCUCAGCAGUAAUGUGAUGUGAAGUCUCCUACAAUCAAACCCAGCACAGAUUUGAGCAUCACAUCACUACCCCUUUGCGAUUUAAUUGGAUUCUAUACAGCUCAAGUAUCUCAUUAGCAAUGUACUUCAGAGACCACUGACUUUGGCUACACCUCUGUUCACAAAGUGGGCACAUAUUUAUAAUAUAUUUAACUGGGGGGGGGGAUCCAGGCACUACAUUUUUUCAGGAAGGAGAAAGCAAGACAUACAUAUCAGUGUCCCUUGUAGGUUUACUCAAGAGCAAAUUUCAUGUAGUUCAAUGGGAUUUACACCUAAAUAAAUGUGCCAAUAGAUGCAACACAACCCUCUGUCAGAAAUAUGCAGAAUGGCCUGAUUGGUCUCUUAAGAGACCAGUUAUUACAUUUAUAUCCCACCUUUCCUGCAAAGAUCUCAAUAGUUCUCCUCUCUCCCAAUUUUAUCUUUAUAACAACCUUGUGAGGUAGGUUAGCCCGAGAAAUGGUGACUGGCUGAAGGCCAUCCAGUGAGCUUCAAGGCUGGGUGGGGAUUUGAAGCCUAGUUCUCCAGGCCAUAGUUAACAAUGUUAAGCACAACACUACAUCGAUUCUCUUAAGAUGUCAUAUCACUUUUUAGUAAUAAAACAUCCUACGUUUCUAAAACUUGAUGCACUAAGGCUCAGAUUUACUGGAACCCACACCUUUCAACUUGGGACCUCUUCCCUAAUUCACAAAUGCACAAGCGAUCUGUGUGUGUCUGUGUGCAUGGUUUCACACAUGAUCAGGGACGCUGUUCUCUUGUUUAUUGCUUUGCAUGGUUCAGGAUAUGCUUCUGAUCUCCAGGCACCGCAGUGACAACGUGAAGCCUCAGGCUAAGACAAGGAAAGUGAAAGUUCAGGAGGAUUCCAGAAACGGGUGUUUCCAAAGGCAAGGCAGAAGGGGGCUCUCCCAGGCUUUAGGGAAUCCCAUCAUCAAACGUGAACUGCUCUGGCAGAUCUUAGCCCUCGAUUAGCAAGUGAAGGAGCAAUGACUGAAAAGGCAAAUAUGUGCCGGGAGCUGAGAGAGGGCAAAAGGUUAUCAGGGAUGCAGUUUCACUGGGAGGCAACCCAAGAAUGAACAGAGAGCAAACCGAUACUUGACUUGGGCUGCACACCAGAGAAAAGCCCAUGCUAACUCCCCCUGGUGGAAUGUAGAAGAACAGCAUGCUUGGGGAUGACAAGGUAAAACCAGAAGAGAAAUCCAGUAUUUCCACUUUUCACCGGUUGUGCCUUAUGUAAUAAGGCCACAAACACUCGCAGGGGUUUCCCUUUGGAAUUCCCUCCUUUCAGGCAUUCGUCAGCUGAAUCCAAACCUCUUUUACCAGUUCUCUUAAGAGUUUCUUUGGAGAAGUUUUUAAAGUUGCCAAGAUUAAAUUGCUUGCUUUUAGCCUGGGGUUAGUUUCAGCAUAUGAUUUUCACCAACCGUAGGCAGUCAUCACUUCAGAGUUGUGAAGCAUUUACUCUUUAGCACUUUUUCUUCUCCUAAAGAUGUACUGCAAGGCAACGGGUACAGAUUUUCCCUCUGCGUUUACACCUCAAGUCUUUCUCAUGAAUAUUGGUUUAGGAUCAGUUUUCCUUCUCCUACAGUAGAUGGGCUAACUUUCCAGGUUGAUGAGCCACUUCUGCCCCUCACUAACUCAGCAAGGGCUUGAGACCCAAUGGCUACCCUCACCUGGCUUAGGCAGCCAGCCAACUAGUCAACACAGUUUCCCAGGGUGUGGCCACUGCCGCACGUUGACAGUUCUAGGAGCCACAGGUGAGAGAUGAGGGCAGGAUGGGGACCAAAAUUGGGGAAGCUACCCCAGAAGGAGCAUGACAUGUCCCCCACCACUUCUGGAGGCAGGAAAGAAGACACAUACACUUUUUGUGGGAGGGAACAGGACAGAAGUUAAUAUUAAUCCACAUUCACCUUCAACUAUCAUUCACUAGGCUGAACUUUUAUUGUCCAAAUGUACAUAGGCACAGACUCAAAAGUUGGUACACAGCAGCACUUAUAGACGCUGGACUGCCCAGACAGAGCAACAACAGGUAUUAUCAGGACAAUAUCCAGUACUUUUAAGACUUUCACAAAGAACAUUAACAGAGCACCACACACACACACACACACACACACACACACACCAAAGCACAUCUCUGACCCAUUAGGAUCAGUGACUAAUGUAUUUACUAUUGCACUUCCAGUUUCGUCUACGGAAGGACCACAAAGCGCAUGUAAGUUGUCACACUGGGAGAUAACACCUCAAGGCAGGAACAGGAGUUCCUCAAAAUGAAUGUUACUGAAACGGGGAUUUCCUGCCUCUUUCCCACCAUACAGCCAUCUGCUAUGGAUUAGGGAGGCCUGGCAAGUGAAGUGGAAGGGCUGCAGUUGCAAAAGCUUGGUGGAAAUCACCUCCCUCUUUAAAUAAAUGGAAGAUCAACUUUGGACCCAAACUCUUUGAUUGUCCCAGGGACUGUCAGGUAAGCAUGGAAUCUGAUAUCCAGGUCAGAUUUCCACAUCCCAAGUAUCUCAGGCCUUUUUUGUUUUAAAGAGUUCCUAGCUUUUAUAGAUUGAAGGUCAGAAAAUAUGUGGGGGCAGUGAAAUCAGAAGCAAAAAGGAAGGGAAGACAGAACAGAACAUCCACCUGUCUUCCCCCCCAUUAAGCCUUUCUAGUUCAUGGGGACAUAGGAAACUGCCUUAUACAAAUUCAGAUCAUUAGCCCAUCUUGCUCAGUACUGUCCACGCUGACUGAAAGCAGCUCUCUGCAAUUUCAGCCGGACUGAAUCUAGAAUCUGCAUGCAAAGUAUGUGUUACCACAGCCCCACCCCUUUAAGAUCCUGAACUUAUAGUCCUUGCACACCCUUGGUUGUAAUUUCACAAGCAUCUAAUAAGUGCUGGUCUAUCCCCCUUCCACCACUCCCAGCCCUUGCACCAGAAUCCACAUAUGUGUGCCUAUGUUGUUUUACUGCAUUUUCUGCACUGGACACACUGGACUGGACGAUUUGGGAGGUCUCUUCCAACUCCAUCUUGGUUGCCCAUUUAACAGACCUCCCAAUUUUCAUUUUUGUUGGUUUCAGAAUCCGGGUCCUCUUCAACAGAGCGCAAGCCUCUUCUAAUCAUGCCUGAUAUAGUGAAUUUAUAGAAACUGAACUAAACCUAUCUGCUCCAUUCUAAUGCAGAACCACACAGAUAUAUCUGCUAGCCACAGCAUUAAACCAGUCUGAAAAAGUCAAGAAGUUGUUUUAAACUGCUUUUAAUAUUGUGUUCUAAUGUUGUAACUUGCCCUGUGACCUUAGGCUGAAGGGCAGGUAAUUAAUAAUCUCCCACCAGCACCUCAAAACUCUGGAAAGUAUAGCAUUAGGGGAUUGAAAAUCCCCAAGGUUUUAUGCUUUGGGAGAAAUGUUAGCUAAAUGUGUGAAUAGUUUAAAAAUAUGUAGCGCAGUCAUACCCUGAACAUAAAUAUUGUUACCUCCAGGGCCCAAAUAUAUGAGAUAAGCAACAGGAGAUUAAACUUUUAGAAGACAUCUGAAGGCAGCCCUGUACUGGGAAGUUUUGAAUGUUUGAUGUUUUAGUAUGUUUUUAUAUGUGUUGGAAGUAGCCCAGAAUGGUUGUGGCAACCCAGCCAGAUGGGUGGGGUGUAAAUAAUAAAAUUAUUAUUAUUAUUAUUAUUUGGCAGGUACCUUUUAA